GUAGUGAGUGAUAAUGACAUAACUGUGAAUUGUUUUUAUUUUCAUCUCAUUAGCUGUCGCUGUUUUAAAAAGCAAUGGCAGGUAAUGUUAUGGGACCUGCUUUGACCCAGUGUCUGAUUUGAGAGAGAGAGAGAAAUAGAGAGCCAACGAGAGAGAGAGAGAGCUCUUUAAAUCCACCUGUUAGCCGGAAUAUAUUCUUGCGCCUUCGGUUUGAGAAGGUGAACUAAUCGCCAGGACCGUGUGCCAGUGUUUUAACACAAAGUUCUGCAUUUUUCCAAAGUCGUCACCGCGUACAAUCUGCAUCUUUAAUGGGCCAUUAAUGCCGACGACAUCAUACGGGACAAUGUUAAUGCAUCAUUUGCUUAACCGCCCACAGAUGCCUUGAUCUCGCAGAGACUUCGCAACAGUGCUGCAACUCGCGCAAAAUCGACACACCACAGGACUUUUUGUUUUCCAUUCGUGAAUAUGGCAAAGCGAUUGCACUGAACUGGAGCCGAGGUUUGCAACACAUUGUUGCAAAUAUUUUGAAGAAGAACACGAUGCUCUCCCUCUCGCGUGCCCCGUAACUGCUUCCAUUCAUUCAGUCCAGCUUGGCUCGAGCACCGUCUUCUCUCCUGGAGAUUUUCCUUCCAGUUUCCUCUCAAUUAUGUUCACUUUCGCUGCCUUUUGCUAUAUGCUUUCCCUUGUCCUCUGUGCUUCUCUCAUCUUCUUCGCGAUCUGGCAUAUAACAGCCUUUGAUGAGCUUCAGGCAGACUUCAAGGUGCCAAUCGAUCAGGGCAAUCCACUUCAUGCGCGUGAAAGACUUCGAAAUAUUGAGAGGAUCUGCUGCCUGCUGAGAAAGUUGGUGCUUCCAGAGUACUCUAUCCAUGGACUCUUCUGUAUCAUGUUCCUGUGUGCUCAGGAGUGGCUUACUGUAGGCCUGAAUAUCCCUCUGCUCUUCUACAACACAUGGAGCAGGUACUUUCACAGCCCCACAGACACUAAGGAGCUUCUCUACGAUCCAGCAUCAGUCAUGAAUGGAGACACACUCAAAUUCUGCCAAAAAGAAGCCUGGUGCAAGAUGUCCUUCUUUGUCCUCUCGUUCUUCUACUAUCUCUACUGCUCAUUUGCCACCUUCAAGUAAACAGAUCAAAAUAACUUUGAAUAUGGCCCACAACCAAGAUCUUGUCAUGAUCUACUCCUUGGUGACCUCAUAACAGAGUUCUCAACAGUGCUCAUAAGACACUGUUUUCCCAAAGCUCUAAACUACAUUUGGAUGAAACAAGAGCACCGCUAGACACUGCAGUGUCUGAACUUACAGAGAAGACUUGACCCCAUCUUCCCAGAGUAUCAGAACAACCCAGUGUUGUUUACAGAUCUGACUCAACGCCCUAGAUGUCUCAUGGACCUGGUGUGACGCGCUUUUCACAAGCUCACAGUAACAUUUGCACAGAUUGUCUCAGGCAUAGCACAACAUGUCCUUUACCACUUUGAGGCACAAAAACUGCCAACCUUUACACUCACUAUAUGUAGCUUCAAAUUCAUGUCGGGUUAAAACAAAAGAAAGAAAAAGAUGAUCAGCGAAUGUUUCAUUUUUACCAGUCACACACUAGGCCACUGAGUUUGAUUACGUGAGAAGCUUUUGUGAUAUAUUUUGUGUUUCUGUGCACUCCUAAAAUAAGCGUUUUUAAUAUGAAAUAUGUAUCUGUUGCAUUACUUGUGUACAUAGAGAACUUUGUGUAAUGCUUUUAUGUGUUGGUGUCAGUGGGUUGAGAUGUUUUUGGACUUUAUAUUUACAAAUGCAGAUAUCGAGGCUUUAUUAUAGAAAAACAAGAGCCACUUUUCCACAAUUUUGCACAAAGUUGUUAUGAGUUUGCACAACAGAUACAGUUAUUGGUUGUGGUGGAAAAAAGUCAUAUUUAUAUACCCAGUACGAGUCUUCCAAUAUAUUACAAAGCAUCAAAAUAUCAUAGAUUUUCAUUCUAGGGAAGAAAUUAAAACCACAGCUCAUGAUCUACCAAUUUCACUUUCUCAUUUUGUAUUAUCAUUAUUAUAUUAAAUGUAUUACUGUUAUACGACAAGGUCAGCAAUACUGAAACAAGAUAUUUAAGGAAUCAUCGAAUGAGUUUGUCUAUCUAUCUAUCUAUCUAUCUAUCUAUCUAUCUAUCUAUCUAUCUAUCUAUCUAUCUAUAUCUAUCUAUCUAUAUCUAUCUAUCUAUCUAUCUAUCUAUCUAUCUAUCUAUCUAUCAUUUCUAUUUUUUUUUAUUCUUAAAAAAAAUCUCCAAACACACAGUUAACAAGAGUGUUUCUGACUACUACUUUCUACAGCUUUUAAACUAUGUUGUUGGAUCAGUCAGGCUAACUGUCUGGAGUAACCACAUGAUGCAUAUAAGCAUAAACCCCUCAAGACAUAUAUACGUGAUGCUUUGGAUGAGCACCAUAUAUAAUGCAGAGUACUGAAAAUAGCAGUAGACACACUACAUCAUUUUCAUUGCCGUGUAGGGGAUAAUAAUACCAGUCCCCAGCAGUACUAUACUCUGCUGCUGUCAUGUAGCCUGCUGUCUUUUGUAUGCCUUAUGUAGUUACACAUAUGAUGACCAAACAUUUUCUAUAUCCUUAUUGUGGACGUGGUCACCCAUCCAAAUAUCAUUUGUAUAUGAAAUAAAACAGACUAUUUUAAAACUGUAACAAGUGCUUUCCUAUGCAUGCUUCACAUGUAUGCUUGAAUACCAUUGGAGGCAUUCGUUUUUUUCCCUCCAUAUUCAUAUUAAUUUCAUCAGUCAUGCGGUUCAUGAUCCAUAUGUGGUUAUUUCACUCAAUUACCCACAAACCAUUUCUCAGAUUUCCUCAUUUGAAUCCUCACCCCGGAGUGACUGUCUGAAAAACAUUGCCUCCAUCUCUCACAUGUCUCCUCUUCAGGGAGCGUUGCCUCCCGCUCGUAAGUCGACUAUUAUCUGCGUUUUCCGGAGCCAAGCCCUAUGUGGCAGUGACUGGCUGACAGAUCGGUGACAGGCUGUCCUCCUGCUCCACCUGCUACCCGUCUAAAUCACUGCCACAUGCUCCGUAAUUACAGUUUGUAAAGGAUGCAGCUCCCUUUGCCAACGAUCUAACACUUUGCCACUUAUAGCCGUGAAAUGAACGUCAUCAGAUGUCUGCAGGUCUUGGCGCUCAAAGAGCUUUUUUUGCCAUUUUCGACACCCAUUUCUGACCCUGGUCAGUAUGCUGCGACACCAGAUAAGUGUUUAAUUUUGGCUUCGACUUCAGUGGGACAUGAAAAUCUGAGAUGCAGUAAAAGGUAUUUUCUGUUCGUUUUCAUGAAGUAUCUUUGCUUUUAAGAGUUCCAUGUCUUCCUCUCUCAGAAAAUAUCCCCGCCCUCAAGCGAAGAGCUUUGCACAUUAUAUGCUUUGACAAGUGUGCUUGUCCCUCACACAGUGCUGGAUGGGCAACCUGUCAGCUUGCCGGGUUUCUCAGAUGCCCAGCCUGUCAGCACAGAUUACCCAGAAGGCCAGCUGAGCAUGGAUUUUACCUGCCUUGUCUUUCUAGGACUUUUUCACCUUGCUUCCUGGCCACACAAACAAGCACAUAAAUAUUGGCUUGUGUAAGCUUUCUGCAAAACUUUGUACAGUCUGCAGUUGCUGGCACAUUUAGCCAGCGUGCUGGCAACAAAUCAUAAAACCUAAUAGUUGCCCAAGAGAAGAACAGUCACCAAGGUGCUGGUGUUUUUUUUUUUUAAUCUGGCAGCUGUUCACAAAGAUUUUGUUCUUGACUAAUUACAUCCUCUUAGGUAAUCCUUAAAACAGGAUAAAGAAUCCAAUAAAGCUUAUUAUGCUACCCCAUGUUCUAUAGAACAAUAGCAAAUAAAAAGAACAUCUGUAAAUGUUCAUAAUCUGUUAUAUAAUCUGUACAUAAUUUUUGUUUUUACAAAACUAUAUGCAGAUUUGUUGUUUUUUCCUUCUUUGCUGUCAACUGGUAUGGCUUGUUUAACUGAAACUUUUAUGUUUUUUUUUAGUGUACUAAAAAAUCCAUAGGGUUCUCUUGCCUUAUUAUUGGGUAUAUUUUCAUAUCAACAAACAGUGCUGACUGUCAACAAGCUUCAACCACGGCCGACUGUGAAUCAUAGCUUCGGGUUGUUAAAGACAGAUGAGCACCAUUUCAGAGGAAUGCAAGAAAAUAAAAGCUGAUGCUUGCAAAAGAGAUCCUUUCUAGUUAGAUAACACCGAUGCCUGUACUGUAUAUGAUGCAUAAAUUGGUCCACUGGGUAAACUAAAAAAUGAUGCUGAGAGCAGACAUCAGAGGAUGUUGUCCUCUGCUAUGAUUCCCCUGCUCUCAGUGUCUGAAUCUAAAAUCCAUUUCAAAACAUGCCAGUAGGGAUGUAGAAAGGCGAUAACAACACCAUCAGGUGGAAAGUGCAGUGUUGGCCUCUCUAUUGUUUGCACAGAACAUUUAUUUCCUCCCACCAGCUAAAAAGAAAACCCCAAACCUGAGAUCUCAACAAUCUAACCCAUUUAACACAAUACAAUGGCACUUCCUACUGUAUCUGCUAACCUGACAGAAGCUGAAACAACUCUCUCUGCCAAACAAUCUGCACUUUGUGUUCAUAAACCCCUCAGUAUCGUCCU